AUGCUCGCUAGCGGGGCACGCGGCGGCGGCGGCAGGAGGGCGACUGAGACUCCGCGGCGGCGUCCCGAGCAGAGGGCAGCGCGCACGGCCAUGGGCACCGAGUGGCUGCGCUGCGUCCUGAUGGGCUGCUGCUUGGCGUGGCGCUGGGGCAGCAGCGCGCAGAAGGCGGCGGCGGCGGCGGCGGCGGGGCUGGGCGGCGGCGAGUACUGCCACGGCUGGGUGGACGCGCACGGCAGGGCCUUCGACGGCUUCCUCUGCCCGGAGCGCUUCGACACGCCCGACGCCACCAUCUGCUGCGGCUCGUGCGCCCUGCGCUAUUGCUGCGCCGCCGCCGAGGCGCGCUUGCAGCAAGGCGGCUGCACCAACGACCGCGAGCCGGAGCAGCCGGCUGGGAGCGCCCAACCAAUCUACGUACCAUUUCUCAUCGUUGGAUCCAUAUUUGUCGCCUUCAUUUUUGUGGGUUCCUUCGUUGCCGUUUAUUGUUGUACAUGUUUAAGGCCGAAGCAAACAUUGCAGCAGCCAAUAAGAUUCUCUCUUCGAAGCUACCAGAUGGAGACUUUACCAAUGAUCUUGUCCUCCACUAGCCUGAGGACUCCAUCAAGACAAUCCAGUAGUGCCACCAGCACCAGUUGUACUGCUGGCUCUCUCCGCAGGUUUUCCUUUGGCAGGCCAGAAUCUGGGUACGUUGUGGCAUCUUCACCUCCCCCUUACACAGCAGGCUGUUUACAAAUGGGGCCUUCUAUCAACCUCUCUCAACCAUCUGGAUUUUUGGUAUCUGCACCCUAUUUCUCAUAUCCUCUUGACUCGGAGUCAUCUCUGACUGGGAAGAGCGUUCCAGAUCUUAGCCAGAGCUGA